GGCUGGGAAGGCGGUGCAAAGCCGGAUUGAAGGUUGCUUUCUUACUCCUCGAGCCGCCGGCCGGGGAUGAGGGGCAGCCAUGGCGUGCAGCCCAGGUAGCGGGGCUUCCUUGGAGGGUGUAUCCCUGGUCUCCUCUGAGGAAGCGGACCUCCGGAGGAAAGCCAUGCAGCAAGUCUUGGACAACUUGGGAUCCCUCCCCAACGCCACAGGGGCCGCAGAACUGGACCUGAUCUUCCUUCGGGGCAUUAUGGAAAGUCCCAUAGUAAGAUCCCUGGCCAAGGCCCAUGAGCGGCUGGAGGAGACGAAGCUGGAGGCCGUGCGGGACAACAACCUGGAGCUGGUGCAGGAGAUCCUGCGGGACCUGGCGCAGCUGGCGGAGCAGAGCAGCACGGCGGCCGAGCUGGCCCGCAUCCUCCAGGAGCCCCACUUUCAGUCUCUCCUGGAGACGCACGACUCCGUGGCCUCAAAGACCUAUGAGACACCACCCCCCAGCCCUGGCUUGGACCCCACGUUCAGCAACCAGCCGGUGCCUCCGGACGCCGUGCGCAUGGUGGGCAUCCGCAAGACCGCUGGAGAACACCUGGGAGUGACCUUCCGCGUGGAGGGUGGCGAACUGGUGAUCGCGCGCAUUCUGCACGGGGGCAUGGUGGCUCAGCAAGGCCUGUUGCAUGUGGGUGACAUCAUCAAAGAGGUGAAUGGGCAGCCCGUGGGCAGCGACCCCCGCGCGCUGCAGGAGCUGCUGCGCAGUGCCAGCGGCAGCGUCAUCCUCAAGAUCCUGCCCAGCUACCAGGAGCCCCAUCUGCCCCGCCAGGUAUUUGUGAAAUGCCACUUUGACUAUGACCCGGUCCGCGACAGCCUCAUCCCCUGCAAGGAGGCGGGCCUGCGCUUCAACGCCGGGGACUUGCUCCAGAUUGUAAACCAGGAUGAUGCCAACUGGUGGCAGGCGUGCCACGUGGGAGGAGGCAGUGCCGGGCUCAUCCCCAGCCAGCUUCUGGAGGAGAAGCGGAAAGCCUUUGUCAAGCGGGACCUGGAGCUGACACCCACCUCAGGGACCCUGUGUGGCAGCCUUUCAGGAAAGAAAAAGAAGCGGAUGAUGUAUUUGACCACCAAGAAUGCAGAGUUUGACCGCCACGAGCUGCUCAUCUAUGAGGAGGUGGCACGCAUGCCCCCAUUCCGCCGGAAAACCUUGGUGCUGAUCGGCGCUCAGGGUGUGGGUCGGCGCAGCCUGAAGAACAAGCUCAUCAUGUGGGAUCCAGACCGCUAUGGCACCACGGUGCCCUACACAUCCCGGCGGCCCAAGGAUUCGGAGCGGGAAGGCCAGGGUUACAGCUUUGUGUCCCGAGCGGAGAUGGAGGCCGACAUCCGAGCGGGGCGCUACCUGGAACAUGGUGAAUACGAGGGCAACCUCUAUGGCACACGUAUCGAUUCCAUCCGGGGUGUGGUGGCUGCCGGCAAGGUGUGCGUGCUGGAUGUCAACCCCCAGGCGGUGAAGGUGCUGAGGACAGCCGAGUUUGUCCCUUACGUGGUGUUCAUUGAAGCCCCCGACUUCGAGACCCUCCGGGCCAUGAACCGGGCUGCACUGGAGAGUGGGGUGUCCACCAAGCAGCUCACGGAGGCGGACCUGAGGCGGACGGUGGAGGAGAGCAGCCGCAUCCAGAGAGGCUAUGGGCACUACUUCGACCUCAGCCUGGUCAACAGCAACCUGGAGAGGACCUUCCGUGAGCUCCAGUCUGCCAUGGAGAAGCUGCGGACGGAGCCCCAGUGGGUGCCCGUCAGCUGGGUGUACUGAGCCCGCCCGACCGGACCUUGUGCCCUCCGGGCUGUGACCCAGGAAACUGAAUCCACCCCUUCCCCAACCAUGACCCUCAGCCGUGAUCCUUAGCUCCAGCUCCUGGCACUCUGGCGCCCUGGGUAGCAGCCCCCAGCCGGCCCCACGUCUGGCUUCGGCACAGAGGCGAGCACUGCCAGGGAGGUGGGUGUUCAUGGGGUACCUCUGUGCCCAGGUGCUGCCCCCUCCUGAUGCCCACUGGCCACCAGAUACUCCUCUCUGAGGGCCAAGCUGUGCCCACGAGUGUGUCAGAGUCACCUCCAAAAGGCUCAGCCCAGAGAAGAGCUGCUUUGGGAUGAUGUGAUCAGUAGUUACACUGCCCCUGCCACCUCUCCCCAGUCACCUCUUCUCCUCUGGCCACACCCACCCCAUUCCUGACCCCUCCCCCCUCUCACCUCUGUGUUCUGGGAGCAGGACUUGGGCUUUUCCUAUGUGGCCAGGGGAGCACAAGGCCUGGGCAGUGGGGCCAGCCUGGUGCCAUCCCGAAGGCUGCGGGAGCCAGAGCACGAGCUAGUCAUCCCCGCCUGGGAAGAGCAUGGCUCUCUGCCCCCCGUGGAAUGAGGUGGGGUCCCACGCGUGGACGCUGCCCUGUGUGUCCCUCAUCCACAGCUUUUCACUGCCGAAGACUUCUCCGACACGCCCCUGACAGGGCAGCUCUGCUCUCUGCAGGGCGAGGCCGGCGGGGUGAGUGGGCCAGCCCGGUCAGGGUGUGUGGUGGCUGAGCCCCGCAAGCAGGGGCCUGCUGCUACUGACCGAAGAGCCCCAGACUCUCCAUGGCCCAGGGCAAGGACACGUCUGGGCUCCCUGUCCAUGACCAUUGUCCGUUUCGGUCUUUGUGCUGGCUGGGUCUGUGUGGUUCACUAGCAUCAGGGCUGGCGGGGGGGGGCUGAGGAAGGGUGAGGAGGGGAGCUUGUGAGCACGGGGUGUGGGGUGUGGUGCUCUGGCAGGCCCCUCGUUGCCCGAUUCCUGGGGGUGCCAUCUGUACCGUUUCCGUGCAGUUUAUGGCCCACACUGGACACGCCUUGCCUGGGAUUGGGCCACGGGUGCGUGUGUGUGCAGCCUUGGCUUUCGGAGAGAAGCUUUGGGGCCCCCUUUUCAGGGUUCCCCAUCUGUCCCCAUGUCUUAUGAGACCCUCUUUGCAGAUUCUAGAGCCCUGGCCCUCCCACAUGUCUUCUUCCAGCUGUUGUAUUGUCCCCUGACCCUAAGGGGCACUCUCUUUAGGGGAAUCCCUUUUAAGAAAGGAAUGCUGUCCUCAGCUUCCCCGGGCAUCGCAUCUCUCGUCCUUGUGGUCCUUCCUGGGGUGAGCCCUUCCUUGCAGGGGGCCGCCCCCCACCCCCCGUGCAUCCCCGUCCUGCCGAAUGUCUUCAGUGUCCGCUGCAGAGUCAGCCCACGCUGGCCCCCGAACCACUGUGUGCCCACUUCCUAGGGAAAGGGAGGGAGAAGAGACAGAAUAUUUAUUACAAAGUUAGAAAUAUAUUUAUUAUAUUAGGGAUCUCCUUGCGUUUGCAUGGGAUAUGCAAAUGAGACGUCAAAGUCGAGACUGCUCCGGUCUCAUUUGCAUAGCUCUGCCUCCACUAGGCAGCCAUCUUCAUGUCCGUCUUUUCCCUUUAGUCCGCCUUCUUUUCACCUUUGGUUCAGCUCUUACCUCACCCUCACCCUCACCUGAGGGCUCUGGGAGCCGGAGGAAAAUGGGGCGUUCCUCGGGCCUGCGGUCAGGAUGCCUUUGCCAGAUCCCACCUCAUUUGGGGGACUUUGGAGGGGAGGUAGCAAAGGGGAUGGUAUUGCAGCCUCCUGCCCCCCACCUUGGUUAACCUCUAAAGCCCUCUGACCAACAGACGGGGGUCAGGGGACCUGGGUACCUUGCAGGGGAGUUGGCAUGUGGCCCUUUAGGGUAAAUCUCCACUGUCCAUGCUGUUGUCACGGUCACCUCUAGUGAUGCCCGAGGGCAGGCCUGGGCCCCUCUCCUGUGUCCACCCCUCUCUGAGCAGCGGGCUACCCCCCCUGCAUGAACCCCACUCCGGGAACAGACACGUGUGCCCACCAGGUGAGCUCUGACCCUGUCCUUCCUCCUCCCACUGUGGACGCUUCUAUUUGAGGGGCCUCAGGACAAUGAGGCCCUGCCCCGCACUGUCCACACGCAGUCUGAGCCCCGUGGCCCUUCCCUUCCCCACUCCCUCAGCCAUCCGGUUCCUGAACUUUCUCUCUGACUGGUUUUCUUCCUUUUCCUUUGAUUAAAUGUGAAAGCAAAGGCU